GAGUGCGCUCUAUUCACGCCCACACUGCAUUUUUUUAAAGCUGGAGUAAACACACCCAUACAUGCAACCUGUGUACACAGCAGGAAGGACGAGGUUGCCAAAGGAUACACCGUGGCGACAGGUGUUGUACGGCUUUGGUAUGUACUGCGAUUCCGAGUGAGUGUUACCGCGGAUGGCGUGGUCACAUGCUGCUUCAUACCUCGCCACUUCGAGUCCGAGAGACACGAACACGGUCACAAGAAGCGUGUCGCGGCACCUACCCUGCGUGGUAGCUCCGUCCGAUUCUGCUCGUGAAGAUCUUGGCCAUGCAGGCCCGGCUCUCAAGGCCGAGCCAGUGUCUCCCCCCGUAGCACGAUCGUACGAAGAGGCGUUCUAUAGAGAAGGUGGCACUCAUGUUUCGGACUCUCUGCUGUGCAUUCGAGGUUUUGCUGGACGUCUUUACUACCUGGCGAUCGAGGUUGGCAGCGAUGGCUGGAGAAGACGACUGCAAACGACUGUUUUCUCGGCAACUCCGCCUGCGGAAGUCCGCCCACCCAACGGACACGAGGACGGGCUCCCUGUUGAGGAUGGCCCCGAGACUCGUCGACUUGCGGGGUGCGAGCGCGGGGUCGAAGAAAACCGCUUGGUCCAAGAUGGUGGGGUCAUAAGUCCACCGCGUACGGAAGACAAGAAGCUGGCCGUCACUUCCAGAACUGAAUACUGCAAGCACGCCGGGUGCUUCAGGGCUCUCCGUUACGGUCGAAAGAAUGGCCCCCUGAUGCUAUGCCAGUCGCACAAGAGAGCCGGUCUAUACACCGUCCGCGACGGCGUGCUCCUGGUGGCUACCCGUGACGGCAGCGGCCGAAGCAGUGAAGGGAGCUACACGUGGAUGGAAUCACGACUGCGAAAGGCUCGCGCCGCGUCAGGUGCUCUUUCAGUGAAAGUGACAUUUCUCACCUGA